AUGAAUAGUUCAAUGCAUUCAUCAGUAACAGCAUCAUCGGACGUUGCUAUUUUACCUUCAAUAAAUAAUCAUAUCAAUUAUAAUCAUACUGAAUCCACAAGUAAACCUCUUAAACGCAGUCGGUCGCCAAGUUUGACUCGAGAUGACAAUAACGAAAGUAAUCAUUCGCUUACGACAGCAGAUACACCAACGAAAAAAAGUCGAAAACGACGAACAACAAUAGACAUCGAUCAAAGUUUAGGGCGACAUAUAUCUGCUGAUAAAUUACAUGUCUAUCGAUGGCCAGCAGACGAACCUCAUGCUGAUUUACAUGUACUGCAAGAACAAAUUUGUGAUUAUCUAUCGCUCAAAUCAUUCAAACGAAAAUAUCCUGAUAUUUAUCGGCGUAUUGUUGAUUUACAUGAACGAGAAUAUUUAAAGUCUCAAAAUGUUGUCACAGAAACUCAAUGUGAUCUUGGUUUAACAGCGCUUAAACUUGAUGAAGUUUUAGAACUUAUGUCAACUGAUUAUCCAGAAAAAUGCCAUCAAUUCAAUACUGUGUGGCAACAGAAACGGCGUGCACUUGCAAACAAUAAGAAUGGUAGUCUAACAACAAUUUUAUCUUUAUCAAAUUUAAAUCAAUCGUCCAUAUCUACAUCGAAUAGUCCAUCGGUUAAUCCCACUGAAAAUGGAGAUAAAAGUCGAGUUUCUAAAUUUCGACAAGAUAUAUUACGAUCAGUCGUUGAUUAUAAUGCACAACUACAACGAGAACGAAUUCAAGAGCGUAAAGCUUGUUUCGAUCUUCAAACUAUGCAAAUACAUUAUCCUGCAAAUAGACAAUUUCGCCUACCCUCGAAUUUAACCAAGAUUGGCUCUUAUCCAUUAGCACUUUUACCUGGACAAUAUCAAGAUUCUUAUAAAAAAUAUAAUUCUGAUGAAUUGAAAUAUAUGCCAAUUAAUACAGCACUUUAUUAUUAUCCCAAACCUCUGUCACUUAUUCAUACGGAACGAUUUUCACAGCAGACUGCAUCAAGUGACGAAGAAGAUGAAAUCAGUUCAACCAACCGUCCUCUACUUUCAAAUCAACAACGCCCAUCAACUCCAAGAUCACCACUAAUAGUCAAUGGAAUUGGUGCUAUUACUACGCCAUCGUCCUCUCGUCUAGUUAAACCAUCAACACCGAUUUCAAUAAACAAUCACUCAGCUGUAUGUCAUGGGUGUAAAAUGACACAAGACGAACAUGAUGAAGAAUUAGUUACGUGUGCUAGUUGUCAACAUCAGUUUCAUCCAACUUGUCUUGAAGCUAAUAGUGAUAUGCUAUCUAUUAUUAAAACAUAUCAAUGGCAAUGUAUUGACUGUAAAAGUUGUGCUAAAUGUAACAAAACGCAUGACGAAGCUAAUAUGAUGUUCUGCGAUCGAUGUGAUCGUGGGUAUCAUACAUAUUGUAUUGGUCUCGAAGCCAUUCCAGAUGGAUCAUGGCAAUGUUCUGCAUGUGAUCCACCCGCGCCAACACCCUCGAUUUCACCUUUAUCAGCUACUACUAAAGGAAAACGUGGUCGACCUUCCAGUAGCAGUCGCUUAUCUCCUCAACAAUCAACAAAGCCUGAAGUGACUAUUCCUACACGUGUAUCAUCACGUCGUAGUCGUAAAAUAAUAUCAGCACCACCGUCACCACCCAAUAACACGAAUCAUUCAUCAAAUUCAUCUUCUAUUGAUUUACCUACGAUGAACAGUUCUUCUAUGAAUCUCAUACUGACACGACAUCCACAACAAUGGACUCCGAAUUCAACAAUAACACCAGAAAUAAAAAGUAAAACCUAA